GGAUAAGUUUGUGGUGGACGUGGACGGCCGGAGUGUCGUGCGGGAGCGGGGGGCAGGGGCCCCGGGUUACACGCAGCCACGGAACGACAUUGGAACCGCCAGGAACAGCAUGGUGGCAAGAACAGACAAGACGCUCGUCGUGCCGUUGGUGGCGAUGGGCAGCGUGCCGCAGUACGCGGUGCAGCUGGUGAUCGACGCCCGCAGAGAGCAGCUGCACAAGCAGCCCAUCGACAGCCUCUAUGUGUAUCCGUUUGCCGGACGUGAGAUGAGUGUUGCCGAGGUGGUUGGCGGCCGUGCCGCCAGCGCUGGCGAGAUGGUUUCGCCCUGGGAGCUAUACUACUCUGACGAAGACGGCGCCGACGCCGACUACAUGCAGAUGCACUCGCCCGUCAUCCCUGGCUGCGAGUCGCUCUACGUGAAGCAGCUUGUGCAGCUUGUUCGGCAGCGGGGCUACGCCCGCGUGGUGUUGCUGGACGCCCUCGACAAGGGCUUGUGGCACGGGGACAGUCCGGUGGCCCCCACGCCGCCGGGCCCCGAGUCCGAGGUCCCGCCGGACGUGCCCGUGCUGCGCUGGGGGAACCGGACCCUGGGCGGCAUGAAGCUCGCGGUCGAUGAUGAGACGCCCGCCGGCCAGACCGACGAUGCUGACGCGUCCGCUGUCUGGCCCGGCCCGCUGGUGCGCUUGGUCGGCGAGCAGGUGGACGCCGCCGGCGAGGACGUGGCCGUAGAGGCGCUGGCCGUGCCCGUGUACGACGGAUGGAACGCGCCGGCGGCGCGGGCGCUCUUGCGGGCCGCCCGCGUGGGCGGCCCGCUGGCGGCGGCCGGGGGAGAGACGGCGGCCGCCGAGGGCCCCGCCUCCGACAGAGACGGGCUCGCCCGCCUGGAGGGCGUGUACAACUAACUAACUACACAGCUGUAGCAAAACGAAGAAAAAGAGAAGAGAGAGGAGGAAAAAAAAAGUCGCGCCGAUUAGUCCUGGGGGGCAACGGGGCAACGGGGCAACGGGGCAAGCGGGUGCACGGGUGUGUUGCGGCAGCGGCGGCG